AUGGGUUCUUCAUCAUCCGACACCGUCGGUGUCAUCAUCGUCGGUCUACUAUCGGCUUUCGCCUCUGCCAUCCUUAUCGCCCUGGCCUUUGUUGCCCUCUAUCUAUACAGGUACCCGUCGCGCUCGGGGUGGCUAGACUUCCUCGGCAGGCCGGGAGAGUUUGACGAUGAGCAGGCCUUCUUAAGGGAGGAGGCUGAGGCCUUGGAGACGAUGGAUGAUAUGCAAAGGACAGAAUAUCUGAGAGCAAAAGCGUUUAUCAAUGCGAACCCUCCUGAAUCAGCCCAGACCGACAUCUCGCUCUCUCAAUACCUCGCGAUACAGGAAAAAGGCGUCUCGGCCUGGGAGUUUGAGCCCGAGCUCGAGAUUGCCAACUGCUUCGUCGAAGCCCGCACCGAGAUUGAGUUCUUCGAUUCGGAGUGUACGGUCAUGUGCAACCUCCCCGUUCCUAAGCAAAACGACGUAUACUAUUGGGAGGCCAAGAUUUACGACAAACCGGACAAUACCCUGCUCAGCAUUGGAAUGGCCACGAAGCCCUAUCCCCUCUUUAGGCUUCCAGGCUACCACAAGUGUUCCGCUGCCUACCUCUCCAGCGGCGUCCGUCGAUGCAACCAACCCUUCAAUCCUACAGCCUAUGGUCCCGAAAUCGUUCAAGGUGAUGUCGUAGGUGUCGGCUACCGUCCCCGCACCGGAACGAUAUUCUUCACCCGUAACGGCAAGAAGCUAGAUGACGUGGCACAUGGCCUCAAAACCCAAAACUUCUUCCCUGCAGUGGGAGCCAAUGGUCCAGCUAUCGUGCAUGUAAAUCUCGGCCAGUCUGGCUUCGUCUUCAUCGAGGCCAAUGUCAAGAAGUGGGGUCUUGCUCCUGUCACCGGCAGCCUCGCGCCUCCCCCUCCCUACGGCUCGGAGCAGGGUAGCAUUCUCCUCGAGUCAGGGUCCAAGGACGGAAAUUACAGCCCGGCCCCUGCGCGGUACCAGAGAGCCCAUGCUAAUACCCAUUCGGGCGUCCACCCGUACCGUGUCACCGCCGGCCACGUCCUCGGCUCGCAGCAUGCGAGGUCCAGGAGUGGCACCUUCCGUGUCCUACCUCCCACGAGCCCCGGCCCCGCCCGGAGCCCUACCGAUAUUUCACUCGCGCAAUUAGUACCUACUGAAGAGGCCGGUGAGCCGAGCGGAAACGUCACGACGCACCCGGCCACCGGCACUCGGGCCGAAGACGAGACUGUAGGUCUCGGCCUGCAAGAUGCGCUCAACCCGCCCCCGGACUACACCAGCCCCGAGAACUCCGUAUCCGGCAGUCGUCGCAGCAGCCUCGACAGCGAGAACACACCCUUAAUACAGAUUAUCAACAGGAGCCGGCAGAGCUCCCUAGCAACCUCGGGGGCUGCUAGUUCAGGGCGCCGUGCCUCGUCGGUACGGGGUCCCCAGCCUCCGAUUCCCAGCUACAGUGACGCCAUGAGAGAUAGCCCAGCACCAGAAACCCCCAGCGUGCAACGGAGUUCAAGCCCGUCUUCGGGCGAGCAGUCCGCGUGA